CUAGGCUCCUUAUCUCCCUUCUUACCCCAACAGUUUUAAUUUUGAUUUUGCAAUCACCCAAACAAUUCAAAAUUCUCAAAAAAAGAAAAAAUUAAAUCACCUCCUGCUACAAUUUAUUUACGGAUGCUUGCCCAUUUUUCACCUUCCAAAAUCAACCCAGCCUAGUCCUAUUAGUUCAAUUAAUACCCCAUUGAAAUAAAAAUCCCAGAAAAUAUUAUGAUUUUUGAUAAUCAACAACAAUAAUUUUAGAAAAAAUGAAUUUAAAUAAUCAAAUUGAAUUGAAUCGUUAUGGGCAAACAUUAAAUUAUCAAUGUUAUUGUUGUAGUUGUUGGUGUUAUGUCGUGUUGAUGUCUCCGCUGCUUCUUCUCUCUUCUGCCUCAUCUCCCUCCGCGCCAUUACAAGAGUGUACCUGUUGUUGUAUGCAGUGGUUGAUGUUGAAGCUGAUUAUUGUUUUCGUAGAUAUUGUUAUAGGCCUUUAAGGGUUGAAUGUUACGUAUAUUACUCUUGUUUUGGAUCAAAGGGCUGCCUUCAAGAUGAAUGUUUUGGAUCCACCACGAAUACCAAUAUACGUAGUACAUUGCACUAUUACAGUUGUAGUCUUGUAGUGAUUCAUUGUUGUUGUGGGUGUUGUGUUGAACUGUUAAUGUUGCUGCUAACAUGUUAAUUGCUUCUUCUCUAUUUUAUUAAAUUUUUUUUUUUUGUUAAAAGUCAAGUAUUUAUGACCAAUGACAACAAGACACGUGUAUAUUUUUACCUGUUGGGUAAGGUUGAUUCCGGUUUUGACCCAUUUAAAGUGAAUGACAAUAAAAGUUCGGAUUAUUAAAAAAAAAAUUCAUAGUUGGGAUUAUUAAAAGCAAACCCUCCAAAGUUGAGAUUAUUCUAGUCAAUUUUUCCUUUAUUUAUUUGAGCUAUAUUUUUUUUGAGCUACGUAGCACAAAAUAGCUACAAGUUUUUUUGAGCUGCUUAUGACUUGGAAUAUAUAUAGGAAGGUUUUGUCUUUGUUAGAAUAUAUAGAACGACAGCGUUUUAACUAUCUAUUUUAUGUUACGGCGCCGUUUUUAUGCCCAUUGCUCUGUUUUCGUUUUUAAGGCUUGGUUUUUUCACAGUCAAGAAAGAAAGAGUUAAGUUGAAGCUCCCCUUUUUUGAGCUCACAAAUUUGAGAAGAGAGAGAAAUAAUGGCGGAGAUUGAAACCCAGAAAGGAUUUCAAAUUGAUUUGGGGAAUCUUUUCGCUUUUAACCCUAAUCACUACUUCCCUGUUAUCCCAUCUUCAAGGGAGGAGUUGGUGAAAGAAUGCCUGGAGAAGGGAACAGAACUAGCACAAGCAAUUGCAGAUUCCCUCUUCAACUUGCCCGCUACUGAAGAUGUUGAUGGACCCAUUGUCAAAUUGCCUCCACCGACUACUAGACUUCCUAGGCAGAAGCAUCUCCCCAAAGCACAACCUCAAACAAAGUGGGAGGCUUUUGCACAGAAGAAGGGCAUAAAGAAGCGCAAGAAAGACAAAAUUGCAUAUGAUGAAAGGACUGGUGCUUGGAAGCGCACCUACGGGUAUGAUCGUGCAAAUGAUAAAGAUGAUAUUCCUAUUAUUGAUGCCAAGCCAACUGAUGAGCCUGGCUUGGAUCCUUUUGCAAAGCGAAAAGCUGAGAAGAAGCAGCGAGUAGAGAACAAUGAGAAGAAUCAUUUGAAGAAUCUAAAGGUGGCUUCAAAGAUUGGUGCCCUGCCAAGCCAUGUUCAACUAGCUGCUACAGCAUUGCCCAUAAGUGGAAGUCAUGCCGCUCCAAAGAAACUCAACAAAACUGAACUAGAGGAAGUUGCUGGUGCAGCUGCAACAUCCACAGCUAGUAUCGGGAAAUUUGACAAAAAAUUACCUGGAGAAAAGCCAUUAAAAAACAAAGGGAAACAUCGAAAGUUUCUACCUGUUGCACAAGGAAAGGGUAUGGGUUCGCAAGAAAAAGAACAAACUGAUAAGAUUCUGAACAAGCUCUUUUCCAAGCAUUCUCACGAGUCACUUAAUGUCAACAAGGCUGUUAGAAAUAUCAAUUUGCAGCAGGAGAAGCAGCAACAAAGGAACAAACGAGACAAGGGUUCCUCAAGUAAGUUGGAUCCGAAGAAAAAAUCUUUCAAGAAAUCCCCAUAUAAAGGAUCUUCAAACAAGGGAUCUUCAAACAAGGGAUCUUCAAAGAAGGGGUCAUUUAAAUCAAAAUCAUCUUAGAACUGUUUAAUCAUACAUGUGUGUGUAUGUAUGUAGUAGUAUGAGACAUCAAAAUUUUGGCUAUUUAUGCAAUUCCAAUUCGAGUUUGUUAUUUCUCUCUA